AUGUCGUCUUCAGAGGGUGCCCCGGAGUCAUGGAUCUCCUCAUUCUGCUCUCUGAUGGGCCAUGAAUUUUUCGCAGAGGUGUCGGAGGAUUUCAUCGAGGAUGACUUCAACCUAACGGGUUUGCAGUCACAAGUGCCCAUGUAUAAAGAGGCCCUGGAGAUGAUUCUCGACGUCGAGCCAGAGGAGGACGAAGAAGAAGAGGAGGAAGAGGAGGAGGAAGAAGAGGACGAGGACGAGGUCCUCGGUGACGAACGUCCUCUUGGAUAUCGGAGAGCCGGUGACCGGCGGCACGCUCGUGUCGCGAGCGACUUGAGUGUCAUCGAGAGCUCUGCAGAGCUCCUCUACGGCCUAAUUCACCAGCGCUACAUCACCUCGCGACCUGGAAUCCAACAAAUGCUCGAGAAAUACGAAAUGCAGCACUUUGGCGAAACCGUCAAGCUAUUCUGCCCCGGUUGCAUGGACAUCUAUACACCCCCCAACAGCCGCUUCCACUCCGUCGACGGAGCCUUCUUCGGUACGACCUUCGGCUGCCUCUUCUUCAUGACCUUCCCCGACCUGAGCAUUCGACCCCGACUGGACAACUCCUCGCUUUCCUCCCUUUCACGAAGCACCUCUCAGCCCGCCAACCGCUCCCCUGCCGCCCAGGGCCCCCACCGAACCCCCACACCGGAGCACCAACCCGUCGAGAUCAACGGUGUGCACACUCUCAACUUCUGCCCUGGCCUCGGGCGCGACAAGAUCUACGACCCGAGAAUCUACGGAUUCAAGGUCGCGGAAGUGUCAAGGGUCGGCCCUCGCAUGAAAUGGCUUCGAUCAAAGCCAACAGACAUGUACGAUCUUGACGAAACGACCAUCUACGAGAAAACAUUCAACCCAAACAUCAAAGCCGAGAAAGGUGAUCGCGACGGCGACACUGACAUGAAGCCCGAGCAAUCCCAAGACGUCCUCAUCGCAAACCGCAAGAAAGCGCCCAUGCGGCGGCGGCGGCAACAGAACGACCAGCAGCCUACAUCCGAUAAGAUGAGUGUGCAGGGUGCCGAGAUCGGAUAA